AUGGGGUCGGUCUCGGGCUGGUGCUUACUUGGGUAUUCAAAUCGAGCUGUCAAUAUCUACAUCACAACUUUCUACCACGCCUUUCAAAACAUCUCACAGACCAACCUUACUUAUUUGAAUCGUAGUCGCCAAUCUUCUCCUCGAAUGACGCAUCCCGCCUCACUCCCGCCACAUAGACAGUACCCAUCGAUACACCACCUCAUCGUCCUCAUCGAAAAAGAGAAACCUACGGCCACGCUCUCCCCGCCACCCCUUGCCAGCUUUUCUAGACGCUCAUCCGAUCUAGCGGACAUAUCGCCAGUCGACAAGCGUCGUACGGGAGUUGACAACGCUGAUGCUGCAGAGGGUGAGUAG